AUGUCACCUUCUCCCUCUCCCUCUCGUUCACCUCCACCGGCCUCGACGCCGCAGGCCGAUGAGUCUCAGCUUCCCAAGGGACAAUGUCGCUACAUUCUCAUGAUACCUGAACUUAAAGGUCAGCGGUGCGGCUGCAUGGGGUUUGAUCAUAACAAAUCCCUGCCUGGUGCUACCUGUAAUUGUGGCCAUUUAUCAUGCUAUCACAUUGCCACUGCCGAUGCGCCAACACCCAACACCAACAAGUCAGAGAUCGACAUAGUCAAGCAACAAGUUCAAACCUUGGAGGAAAGAUUACAUCGAGACGACCGUAAUCGAAUUUCUCACAUCAUCACCCGCAUCAGCGCAUUGGAGGAGUCGGUGGAAAAGAACAAAGAAGAAACAGACAUCGAACUCAAGAGCUCAUAUCGCAAUGCAGCCUCCGCAUGGGCGCUUGUUGCACAAUUACAGCAACAAAUGAAGAGCAUGGAACAAGUCAUGAAGUCCCAGGUUGAACAGAUGGCAAGGACAACAAGAGAGAUGGAAGACCUGCGUAACCGUCAACUAGAGCUGCUAGACAGCGAUGAAGUUUUGGAGGAACGCAUUGAAAAGUUGGAAAGCGUCGAGCCUGUACUAUCGCCGUCUCAAGAUUCUGGCCCGUUUGAUGCGCUUUCCGGCAUUAUACGCCCGUCGCCCACAACUACCAUGACCUCACAGAAGACAUUGGACUCAUCACACGGCCUUUCAGGUACACAAUCUGCAGUCGCCGAACCUUCAAGGUCGUGGACUGUACACGUAUCUCUGAUGCCUUCCAAGGACACCCCGUUUCCAUUUGAGAAGGAUACAACCUCAUAUAAAAGGUGUCUCUCCCGUGGACUCCACCGUAUGCUGGCGGUCGAGGGCGACGACGUUCAAUCAUUCACGAAUGCUGUAUCACAAGCUUUUGAACCCUUGCUCAAAGGAAGACCAUGGGUGCCCCUCCAAGCAAAACUUUGUGACGCUGAACGUCUGCAAGGGUUGCCCAUGCUGCGGCCUUUAGAUCCUAGGCUCCUUCAAGGCCGAUAUGACCAGGCUUUUCUCAAACAACACUGUGCCGUACUGGAUGCUGGAGGCAAAAUCGACUCUCUGUAUAUCGCAAUGGAACACGACUCCCUAUCAUGGAAUUUUCUCAGACGGUCACCUGUCUAUCUCCAAGGGUUAGAAGCAGCCUGGACAUAUGACAGCGUGCUCGACAAAAAGGACGAACCAGAUAUUUUGAGGGACCACAAAGGCGAAGAAGGAGACGAAUCACCACCUGCUGGCAACAUUGUUGGAGCUUUGACAAGUCUCAAGCGUGGCAUGUCCGAUAUUACGUGCCCAUCACUCGAUGACACCGAACUGCCAAUGGUUAAAAUGCCACGAACAUGCAAAACUUCACCGUUGGAGAUACGACGGGGAGUAGAAACUGCACGAUAG